GGGAAUGCCAAAAAAUCUCUUCGCUCUGUAUUCAACGUCAAUGCCGCCUAUUUUAGUUUGUCGUACGCAAUAGAUCAGUUUUUUUUCUUUUUCUUUCUAAAUCCUUUUAACAGCGGAAAAUAAAACAUCACCAUGUCAGACUCAGAACUCGACAAGAGUUCGAUAUCAGUCAAGCGAGCUAGAGAAGCUAGCUUUGGUGAAGAAGAAACAGUCAAAGUAGAACCAAAGGAUCAGCUCAAGAUGGUUGCUCAGUUGCAGGAACAAUAUUUCCAGGAUGGAGAGCUCUGGUGCCUUGUCUCUAAAGCAUGGUAUACGCGCUGGAAAUUAUACUGCUCUCGAUUAAAUAGUCCUCAGCAAGAAUCCAGAAACUUAGGAGAAAGAACACAUCCAGGUCCUGUCAACAACAAGACACUCUUGCAAGACGGUAAACUUAUUAAGGACUUAGAACUUGAAACAGAUGUCUAUGCUGUACCCGAGCAAGCUUGGGAGUUACUCGUAGAAUGGUAUGAUAUUACAGCGGAAGAUAAUGAGCCCAUUCGACGUAUGGUCAUCACGGUCGACAAUCAAAAAACAAUCGAAAUCUAUCCUCCUGAGUUUAAGCUUUAUGCCGUACAAUUUAGUGAAAACAGCAACUGGACUGAUUUAACGCGUUGUCCUACUUUUGUUUUAUCCCAAACAAGUUGUGUCAGUGAUUUUGUGAACGCUGUCAAAAAUACUUUUGAUUUGACACCAGACACUGAGAUUCAAGCCUGGAAUUUAAAGGAAGCACCUCUUUUAACAACAUUGCCCAACAUUCCUGUUUCUGUACUCAGUCAAGCUGGGCUUUUAGAACUUCAAGAACCAGACUUAGUAUUAGGUCGUUCUGGUGAAUUCCAUAUUGCUGUUGAAAUCAAAGACAGAACAACACUCAAAUUCCCAUCUGAACAGCAACAACAACAACAGUCUGAUUCAUCUUCUGUAUCAUCUACCUCGAGUAUAUUUGCCAAUGGAUUUAAUAAUUUGACUACCUCUUCUUCUAGAACUACACCACCACCACCACCACCUCUUUCCACACCCAAGAAAUUCACUCGUGGUGUCUGUGGUCUUCAAAACUUGGGUAAUACCUGUUUUAUGAAUUCAGCACUUCAAUGUCUCAGUAACACAGCUCAGUUGACAAAAUGGUUUUUGGCUGACAACUAUAAGCGAGAUCUAAACAGAGAUAAUCCGUUAGGUAUGAAGGGUCAAGUGGCAGAAGCAUUUGGUGAACUAGUACAAAAGUUAUGGAGUGGUCAAGCUAGUAGCAUUGCACCUAGAGAUUUCAAGUAUACUAUCGGUCGAUUUAAUUCUUCAUUUAGUGGAUAUCAACAACACGAUACACAAGAAUUGCUAGCAUUUUUAUUAGACGGUCUUCAUGAAGAUUUGAACAGAAUCCUUAAGAAGCCUUACAUUGAAUUGCCUGACUUUGACGGUAUGAAAGAUGCCGAAAUUGCUAAACGUAGUUGGGACUAUCAUAAGGCAAGAAAUGAUUCCAUCAUUGUUGAUUUAUUCCAAGGUCAAUUCAAGAGUAAGCUAGUGUGCGAAGAAUGUCGAAAUGUGUCUGUUACAUUUGACCCUUUCAUGUACUUGUCUUUGCCUCUUCCUAUCAAGAAAAAGAGCAAGACAACUAUUGUUUAUGUUCCUUAUGAUCCUUCACAACAAUUAAAGCGUGUGGUUGUCACUUUAAGUAAGGAAGCAAGCAUUGCCCAUCUUCAAAAAGAAGUAGCAAGAAUGAUGUCUGUUGAAGACCCUAAUUCACUUCUCGUUGUGGAGCUUUUUAGUCACAAAAUCUACAAAGUCUUUCCUCAAUACGAGCCUGUGGCCACCAUUGGUGCUUCUGAUAUCAUUUAUGUCUAUCAACUUCCUGGUCCUAUACCUCCUCUUCCUAAAAAGAAGGCAAGAUACUCUUACAGUCGAUACAGUUUACCUGAUGAAGAUGACGAAGAAAAACAACCUGUAGACGAAAAUCAGCUUAUUGUUUUUCCUGUUUAUUGUGCCACUGUCACAAAGAAUGAAGAUUCCUAUAGUAAUGGACCCAAGCAAUUUGGUGAUCCUAUUAUUCUUGCUGUACCUCGUAAAGAUGCCAACAAGCCUGAAUUAUUAUAUCAUUUGGUAUCUCAACAUGUAGAGCGUUAUACACAAUUCAAGUUGUUUGAGGAAGUUAAGGAUUCUGUUGAAGAAACCAAGGACUCAGUUGAAGAAUCAGCAACAGAAGAUGAUGAGCCGCCUGCUUAUGAAGCUGUAGUAUCUGAAGAACAGACUAAUGAAACCAUGGACAUUGAUACUCAACAAAACAAUCUUAUUCAUACUGCUGCCGCUGUUACUGCUGCUGGAGGCAAAAGAAUAGAACCUAUGAGCAACUUAUUUACAAUGAAAGUCUUUUCUGCUCCUCGCUAUGGCAGAGGCCUUGAAGAGUUACUACCUACAAACCAAAAUUGGUCUGGUUUAAUUGAUCUUGUUGAAAGAGCACAAGCUGAACAAAAGCAACUGGAAGAAUAUCUUUUGAAAAACGAAUCCAAAUCAGAAACUGAGUCACCUCAACAGGAUACAGAAAUGGGAGAUUCUCUUGCUUUACCUGCCAAGAUGGAGGAUGAAGAUCAAGAAGAAGAAGAGGCGGAAGUAGAAGAUGCUGCUGCCUUAUUUGCACAAGAUAGUAAAUCUGAGCAUGAUGAAUUAGAGGAAAAUACUUCUCUUCAUUCAGAUAACAACAGUGAUGAAUUGAUGUCUAAUGUCAAGUCCGUCUUACCCAUCCCUCAACCUGUUGAUACUCCUACUUUACCUAAGCGUAAAGUCAGUUGCCCUCCUAGUACUAUUAUUCGUCAAGGUGAAGGUAUUCUUCUCGAAUGGACACCCAAAAAAGCACAACAAUUGUUUGGUGCAGAUCGUCACAGUAGUGACAGCGGUGUAUGCACUGAUGCUUGGGAAGAAAUGAAUGACUUGGGUGAUCCCAACGAUGAUGACAUGAAUCAAUCUCAACAAAAGAAACAAGUGACACUUGCAGAUUGUCUUGAUGAAUUCACAAAAGAAGAAGAAUUAAGCGAAGAAGAUCUUUGGUAUUGUCCCAGAUGUAAAAAGCAUCAGCGUGCUACCAAGAAGUUUGAUCUCUGGCGCAUGCCUGAAAUUAUGGUAGUUCACUUGAAGCGUUUUAGCCAUUCACGUACUUGGAGAGACAAGAUUGAUGCUCUGAUUGAUUUCCCUACAUCUGAGCUUGACUUGACAGACCGAGUCUUGAGCAUUGAAGACCCUACAGCUGUAAAGGAAGAAGAUAGAUUGAUUUAUGAUCUUUAUGGUGUCGAUAAUCAUUUUGGUGGUUUAGGUGGUGGUCAUUACACUUCUUAUGCUCAAAACUUUGAAAAUGGAAAUUGGUAUAAUUUUGAUGACUCGCAUGUAAGCAAAGUAGAUGUUUCUGAAGUCAAGACCACCGCUGCAUACCUUUUGUUCUACAAGCGUAGAAGAGCUGCAGAUAGCGAAUCCUCUAAAUCAGUAGAGGAGAUCAUUAGAGAAACUAAAGAAAAGCAGCAGGCUGCUGAAGAUCAAAUGGUUGUUUUAAAAGAACAAGACGAACGACCUAAUUAUCUUUUAGCUUCAGACAGGGAAAGUACAACUAUAGAUGAACCACCUGCCAUCUUGGCCACAAAUAGCAAUGACAACAGUAGUCAAAGUAGUAAUCAUAACAGUGAUAUCGAGCAAGACAACAACACUGAAGAUAACUUAAACUUAAAACAGUUACUCUAAUAAACUCGAUUAUCUUCCCUCCUUUUUUAU